CAUGGCAGGACGCGCAAUCACGUUUGUCUUUUGUUUGCUGGCGUUUUUUUCAAACGCUCUAGCAGCAGUGAUACAAACACAGCAGACUGUGCUGGCAGCAGUGGGAGAAGAUGCUGAAUUCAGCUGUCAGCUCUUGAAGACUAAAGACGUCUUUCAGGUCACAUGGCAGAAAAUCUCUCCUGAUGUGGAGACAAAUGUCGCCACCUACAGCAAGCACUUUGGUCAGACAGUGAAUGAUGGCUUUACAGAUAAAGUUGGGUUUAUAUACACUGGACUACAGAACUGCUCCAUAGUCAUCAGGAAUGUGACAUAUGAGGAUGAAGCCUCCUAUCACUGUCUGUUUAACACUUAUCCUGACGGCUCUCUGACAGGAAAACCCUGCCUCCGAGUUUAUGAGCUGCAUGAACCUGUUGUUGAUGUCAGACAGUCAAACUCUACUGAAGAGUGGGUUGUUUCCUGUUCAGCCACUGGUCGACCUGCUCCCACUGUAACACUCAGUGUCUCACAACAAGACCUCAACUUCUCACAGUACAACACUGUCAAUGUGUCCAACACCAACACUACAUUCACUGUCACCUCUACAGCUGUGCUCUCAGGUUCACGUAAACACAGCACACAGGUGGGAUGUGCAGCACGAGUGCUCUCUGCUCCUCACAGAGAGGUGAUGGUGACGAUUCCUGAGGUCCAACAUACGUCUGAUCAUGAAUAUGAUUCCACCUGGAUAAUUGUAUCAGCUGUAGUAGCGGUGAUGAUUCUUGGUUGUGUAAUUCUACUCGUAACUGUUCGUCUUAAAGAAAAAGACAAGCAGAGGGACCAUGAGAAGAGCAAAACACCACAAAAGUCAACCAAUAAGAUGGACGGGAACCAAACACCUUUAAUCAAGACGGAGAGCGAGGGGAUCAGACAACGAACACCAAAUAACAACAGCCCAACAAAUGAUCCCCUAAAGCCACCAUCACGAGCAGUAAGAAAACUUGAGAUGUAACUCAUACUUAUGCCUCGUGUGGCGAGAGUACACAGUCAGUUUCUGGAGAAUGAAGGAAAUGAUACAAGCAUGUGGGGUUCACACAAACUGAUGAACACCAUUUUGCGUUGUGGUAAUGAAACUGACGAACCUGCUGCAUCGUUUUUCACUUUGAGUUUUUCAUUAUUAACACAUUAUGCUGUCCAUAUCAGUACAGAUAUAUAGCAUGAUUAUUUCCCCAUUGAGAGCUGAUGUUUUUUCAAAGUGUUCGUUUAAUUUUUGAACAAUGCACACACACACACACACACACACACACACACACACACACACGCACACACACUUCAGUCUACCUAUCGGGUUUUGAUUUUGGCAGGGUGAUUGCAAAAGCUUUGCUUUUUCAGACAUUCUGUUGUAGAUUUGCUGUGUUUGGGAUCAUCGUCCCAUUGUGUGACCUAAUUAUUUGUCAUGUCACAUAUUUUAUUCUAUUUGAAGCACAACUGUAUUAAAUUGUAUUGAAAAUGAUUAUAUUAUUGAUUAACAGCAACAACAUGUAACAGUACAGAGCUGUUGCUCGUUAAAACGAGUGCUGCAGCAUUUUUAUCAGGAUGAGUUUUGGACUUUGGUUGUUGCAAAUCUGAUUCUUUUCUUUUUCCUGGCAUUUUGCUGAGAUUUGCUGCUGUGCUUGGGAUUGUUAUGCUGCUAUCUAUCACCAGAGAGUUUAGUAUGUCAGCUUUCACAUAUUUAUAAAUUCCUGUUCAGUCUGUUUUACCUUUAUAGGGCUUGAAUUUAUUAUAUCUUUCUCCGUCUUUUUCUUAAGAUAUUAAUAAUCGCAUUUGUGGUUGUGGCCUGUGUUACUGCACGUAACUAUUUAA